AGGCUUUGUUUAGACCCGUUUCCAUGAUGGUCCCCAACUACUCCCUGAUCGCAGAGAUUUCCCUGUUUUCGUUCGGCUUUAGCGGCGCCAAACAGCUGGCUAAUAAGAUCACCACCACCUUCAAGCUUAGUUCAGAGCAGCUGAGCAGCCAAGAUCACUACGAUUUCGGCAUGAGAGCUGUCAAAACCGUCAUAGCUGUCGCUGGGAAUCUGAAGAGAGAGAAACCUAACAUGGACGAACGGCAGAUCGUUCUUAGAGCGUUGAGAGACGUCAAUGUGCCAAAAUUUCUCAAGGAUGAUUUGACGCUGUUUAACGGUAUCACAUCUGACCUGUUUCCGCGAAUGGUUGAAGAAGCAGUUGAUUAUGGUGUGUUAGAACAGUCUAUACGGGCUUCUUGCAUACUUUUGGGAAUGGAGGAUGUCAACGACUACGUCAAAAAGGUGAUCCAGUUGUAUGAAACGACAGUCGUACGACACGGAUUGAUGCUAGUUGGUCCUACCGGAUCAGGAAAAACUAAGGUAGGUCACACAUGA